AUGGCAUUGCCAGGCUAUCUACGAAAUAAUUUGAUGCCUUCAGAGGUCAGCUUUUUGGCAGAAAAUGAGCAUAUCACAGUUUUACCUAGGUAUUCAAUGAACAAAAUUGAAUUGAUUGGUACCAAAAUACCAGCAAUGAGAAGUAUGAGGCGAGAAAGAUUGCCCCUCUGGGUUGCGCUCAUUUUAAAGUCGCAGGACAAAUGCAAUAUCGUUCCACCAGACUGGUUGAAUCUAAUAUAUUUAAAAGAGAAAUAUGAAGAUGAGCUUCGGAAACCGCAUAAAUUCAGUGAUCUUCCUUGGAACUGGCUUGAAGUAUCAAAAAUACUACUUGCAAGGGCUCCAGAUGAUCUUGCAGAUCCAUCGCAUCAGCUUCGAUCUAUAAUCCAAGACUUGAGAGAAGUAAGGUUGGCAAAAUCUCGAAAGGGUCUUCGGGAGCUCAAUGAGUCUAAUAUUCAACUAAAGGGUUUGUCUUUGGUAGAGAUAAAUGAAAUGCGACCAUUCGUCUUAAAUGUGAUGAAUAAAUUAAGGAUCCUUCACGAUUCGGCGCAGCCGCCUCGCGCUCCUGAAGAAGAUGACGAUAAUCAAGAGGAAGAAGAUUACUCAGACAAUGAGUACUGA